AAACGAGACUCCAUGAGCUCUCUUCUCCCCUUCCUUCCACCUGACCAACGACAGAUCUGACAGACAGCCCAAGCUCUCGGUUGGCUUCGCUUCCCGGCCUCCCAGAUCCCGAUCUCCCUCCCCAUCCAUGCCUCCUCCUCUCCUCUAGCCCCUCUCCACGCUGCCGGCACCGCCAUGGCCUCGCGCCCUCCCCUCCGCACCGUCUCCACCGUCUCCACCGCCUCCUCCUCCUACUCCACCGACUCCCCCACCGCCGCGCCCCCCGGCGGCGUCCCGCAGUCCAUCACCGCGCUCCUCAACAACCCGCUACCCUCCGCCGCCUCCUCCUCUUACUGGCUCCCGUGGCCCCCGCCUGCCCCGCUACCCGACGCACCGCCCCCACCCUCCAACCCCUGCGAGGUCUCCCGCGCCGACUUCGCACCCUACCUCGCCACCAUCGCCGAUCCAUUCGCGCGCUUCGCCGACAUCCGCCUCCACGCUAGCGCCGAGCUCGCCGCCUCCGAUGAUGACAGCCGCGGUGCCCGGGUGGUAUCGUCCGGCCUUGCCGCCUGCCUCCGCGAGGUCCCUGCGCUCUUCUUCAAGGAGGACUUCGCGCUAGAGGAAGGGGCCACUUUCGAGUCUGCCUGCCCGCUCGGCGAUGACAAUUUACAGGAGCGCCUCGGGCAGCACCUGGAUGUCGUGGAGGCACACCUCGUUCGGGAGAUCGCUCGGCGGUCCGAGUCGUUCUACGAGGCGCAGGGGCGGCUCCGUGGUCUCGACGGGGAGAUUGUAGCGGCUGUCGGGAGGAUCCGGGAGCUCAGGGAGGUGGUCCGAGUGCUCACAGGCGACCUUGUCGGGGAUGCACAGCAGGUGCAGGAGCUCAAUGCGACUCGAGGCAACCUUGUCGCGCUGCAGGAGAAGCUCACCAUCAUUCUCUACGUCAGCCAGGCGCUUACUGCACUCAAGCUGCUUGUGUUAGCAGCAGAUUGUGCUGGUGCUCUUGAUGUCAUUGAUGACUUGCAAAAUUUACUGGAUACAGAUGAACUUGCUGGGCUUUAUUGCUUUCGGCAUAUCCGAGAUCAACUGGGAACAUCAUUAGAUUCCGUCAACAGCAUUCUUUCAGCAGAAUUUGUGCGGGCUGCUGUUCCUGAUGGAAAAACUGUAGAUGCAAUGAUCCUAUCAAAUGUGAAAAGGCGGUCUUCUAUGCCACUCAAUGGGACAGAGCAUGAAGUAAUCAUAGAUGAGGAAGAAAGCUUCAUUCUCAGAGAUCGUCUUCUCCCCCUCAUUAUUUGCCUGCUAAGAACGGAAAAAGUUCCUGCAGUGCUAAGAAUUUACCGGGAUACACUUAUUACUGUUAUGAAAGCUUCAAUUAAAGCCACAGUAGCAGAGUUGCUUCCAACUUUAAUUUCCAGACCAAUAGAUUCUGAUUCAGUAACUGGAGACAGAGCUGCCGAUUCUGAUGCUGGAGGCCAGUCUUUAGCAAAUAAGCUGCGGAGUCUAUCAUCUGAAGGGUUUGUUCAACUGUUGUCGGCUAUUUUUAGGAUAGUUCAGGUGCAUCUGCUGCAAGCAGCUGAAGUUAAAAGAAUAGUGGAGUGGAUCAUGAGAAACCUUGAGGGGAACAUAAGUGCUGAUGCUACAAAUCCUGUCGUACAACAUGGCAGCUCAGUUGAUUUUCCCCAAGAGAAUGACUAUGGUGUUGCUUCACGGGUCUCUAAUACUGUUACCCGUAGUACUACUAAGCUUACAGUUUUUCAAGGAAAAACAACUGAUAUGUCCAGUAUAAACUCAAUAAAGAAUGUCCGAGCUGAUGUGUUGAGAGAAAGCACAGAAGCAGUUUUCGCUGCAUGUGAUGCUGCCCAUGGACGAUGGGCCAAGCUGUUAGGUGUUCGUGCUGCUCUACAUCCGAAGUUAAGACUUCAGGAGUUCCUGAUCAUCUAUAAUAUAACAGAAGAAUUUAUAGCUGCUACUGAAAAGAUUGGAGGAAGGCUGGGUUACAAUAUUCGUGGAAUUCUACAGCAACAAUCAAAGCAAUUUGUUGAUUAUCAGCACAAUGUUCGGAUGACAAAAAUCAAGGCAGUUCUAGACCAAGAGACAUGGGUCGGUGUUGAUGUUCCUGAAGAAUUCCAGGCGAUUGUUCUGUCACUGUCAUCCACUGAUUUUCCUGUGAAUGGCAUGGAGAUGCCUAGUAUUGAUAAUAACUCAAAGCUCAGUGAGGAAGGAGUUUCUACAAGUCCAGAAACGGCAUAUUCAGAUAAUGGCAAUGGAACAUCUACGACAAACCAUGAAAAUAGUGCUGAAUCCACUUCUCAGACUGAAAAUAGUGUUGUUGGGCAUGUUAGGUCAAUCUCGCAAACCAUUGUACAUGGAGGAGUUGGCUAUCAUAUGGUAAACUGCGGUUUGAUAUUGUUGAAGAUGCUAUCAGAAUAUGUUGAUAUCAGUAAAUGUUUGCCAUCGUUAUCUUUUGAGGUUGUCCAACGUGUUGUUGAAAUAUUAAAGCUUUUCAACACCAGGACUUGCCAACUGGUUCUUGGUGCAGGUGCCAUGCAGGUGUCUGGUCUGAAAUCAAUUACUUCUAAGCAUUUGGCGUUGGCAAGUCAAAUUAUCAGUUUCAUAUAUUCUUUGAUUCCGGAUAUUCGGCGUGUACUUUUCCUGAAAAUACCCGAAGCACGCAAACAGCUGUUGAUGUCUGAACUGGAUAGAGUUACUCAGGACUACAAGAUCCAUCGAGACGAAAUUCACACCAAGCUGAUCCAAAUAAUGAGAGAGAGAUUGCUAGCAAAUCUGAGAAAAUUACCCCAAAUCAUGGAAAGUUGGAACGGACCAGAUGAUAAUGAUUUGCAGCCAAGUCUAUUUGCCAAAGCUGUUACGAAGGAAGUUACUUAUUUGCAUCGCAUCCUUUCUCAAAUACUACUUGAGGUCGACGUGCAAGCAAUAUUUAGGCAAGUAGUUCAAAUAUUCCAUUCACAUAUUACAGAAGCAUUUUCAAAGUUGGAAGUCAACACCCCUCAGGCAAAGAACAGAUUAUGCCGAGAUGUUCAGCAUAUUCUUGUAUGUAUUCGGAAGUUGCCUGCCCAGAACUUCAGUGCUGAAACUAUUCGAAAUUAUGGUCUUCUCGAUGAAUUCUUGGCUGAAAAGUUUGGGACAAAGUUGACGAGUGAUUGACCUGUACAUUAGGAACUGACUCAUGUCUGCAAAUGCUUACUGGUGGUAAAUAUGGUAAAUGGGAAGUACUACAAGACAUCACCGUUGCUGGCAUAAUAUCCUGUGCAGGGAUGUUUGAGUUGUUAAGGGUAGGCUACUGUGAGGCGCACUAGUUCUUAUCCAUGAUAAACUGACAACUAAAUAUUGCUGUGGAGGAUACCGAAAACAGAGUACUCUUGAUGACAAUGAAUUAUCGUUUCAAUAUACCCAGUAGUGCUUUGUGAAAUCAUGCCAACAGUUUCGCACAUCCGAGCUGAAAUUUUUGCACCAGACGUUUGCCAUUGCCAGGCCGCAUUUCAUUUUUGCUUGUAUCAAUAGUACUUUGACCCUUUUUGGGAAGCUGAUAUAUGUUAGAUGCUGGUGUAGAGCCAUAGAGGGACCUGACAGUUUCUACUGCACGACCCAUUCUUUGCAUAUUGCAUCCUCUUGUUUGGUGCACUGUAUUGGAAGCCCUGUCGAUGCAGCCCAUGUAUUUUGUUCCUGUAAGGUCUGACUAUUCUUCUAAGCGCAGUAAUAAGUAUAAUUGUUAUAUAUUAGUACAGCGAAAUAUUCAAAAUACACGCAGAUAUUUAAACGAAUUUUGGA